CUCUUCCCGGCACUGAUCGGGGGGGCCGGCGUGUCCCGCUGGCCGCCGGGCGGGGACCCGUCUGCCCCCCAUUCCGGCGGUUGCAGCUCGGCGGCUGCAGGUUAUUCAUGUCUUAUGAGAUCUGAUAUACAAUCAGCCCUUCAGGACUCAGCUGUGCCAGUCAAACAGAAUUUCAUCACAAGUCUUGUGCAGGAAAAGGUGGAUGAAUGAUGAAUCACUUCAUGGUUCUGGCAGUAUUGCUCCCUCUGAGGACUUGCUACACUACAUACUCACAGCAAGAAUCCAUUGUGGUUCCAGUAACACACCUUAACGUUUCCAAAGAUUUGGCUCUUCAGCAGCUGCUGGUGGAAUGGGAUGUUGGCAAGUCAGCACAUGAUGCUGAGCUGGCAAUGUCUUUUGAAAUACAAGUCCGUCGAACAGAUGAAACUAGUAUUAUGUGGACAGAGUUUCAUAACGUCACACUUCAUAAAUCAGGAAAGCCUCUUCAUUGGAUAUGGGAUUCAGACAUACCUUUGGAAUGUAUGGCACACUCAGUGAGAAUCAGGAGCAAAGCAGAAGCAUCAAAAAUCUGGAGUCAGUGGAGUCUGUGGGAGACUGUGCCAGGCUUGGACAUUUCAAAUAACAGUGGACCACAAAUCUUUCCAAAUGAGAAAAUUGUAGAGGAAGGCUCUGACAUCACUCUUUGUUGCAUUGGAAGGAAAGGUCAAACCAUUAAGGAAUUCUUUCUAGUCCCAGCUGUUCAUGUUUUCAAUCACACAUACAGUAAAGUCGGACUUCUCACUGUGAAAAAUGUGUCACAUCAAGGAGUGCCUCACAUCACUGUCUACUGUCAAGAGUCUUGCAAUGAGGAGCAAUGCUAUGAUCAUGAAGUUUUCUUUGUGGGUAAAUCACCUGAUGCACCUAAUGAUUUUUCCUGCCAAACUCAAGACAUGAGAAGAGUAACAUGUAGUUGGAGCCAGGGAGGAGACACAUAUCUUUAUGGAGAUCAUUCACCAACAUACACCUUGUAUGAAGAGUUUUCCCAAAAAAAGGUUCCAUGCACAGUAACUUGUUCUGAGCAGUGCUCGUGUUCUUGGGAUAUAGGCCAGCAGAGGAUCUUGAAUAUCACCGUGACUGUGGAAAACCCACUGGGAAAGAAAACUGCCACAGAUGUUUUUGAUGUAACUCACAGAAUUUAUCCUGCCGCACCUUCGCAGCUGUGGGAAGAAUGCACAGAUACCAAAAUCACAUUAUACUGGAAACAUCAAAACAAAAGAAUUGAACUCUUUUGUCAGACUGAAGUGCUCCUACCUGAUGGGAAAGUAGAAUUGCAUAAUAGUUCAGACACACACCUUCAUUAUGCCUCACCCAGCAUCACCGUGGGUGGACUGCAGCCAUACACUGAAUACACAACUAGAGUGCACUGUGGGGCAGCUAAGCAUUUCUGGAAGUGGAGUGAAUGGAGUGAAGCCCGAACCAUCAGGACAAAUGAAGCAGCUCCAUCAGGGAAACUGGAUAUCUGGAGAGAAAUUACACCAGUUCAGGGGGGGCGGAAUGUGACCUUGUUCUGGAAGCAAGCGCCAAGUUUUCAAGCAAAUGGAGAAAGUAUUUCAUAUGAAGUAACCUGGGAAAAAGUAGAAGAUCGUUCUGAGUCUGAAAGCAUCUCCUUUUCAUCAGUCUACAAUAGCACAAGGAUUUCCAUUGAUAACCAUUCUUACAGAAUCAGAAUCACAGCAAAGAACAAUGUAAAUUAUUCACUUCCUUCAAUAUUGAUAAUCCCUAGCUCUACAGACAUCAAAGAGCUUAAAGAAGAACAAGUUAAUGGUACAGAUGAUGGCAUUUUUAUUACCUGGGAGCCCAGACAUAUAUAUGAUAAUUAUAUUGUCGAUUGGUGUAACUUUCCAAUGUUGCAGCCUUGCGAUUUGCAGUGGAAGAGAUUUGGGCCCAACACUUCCAGCGCUCUGAUCAACUCAGCUGCUUUUAUUCCGGGGGUGAGAUACAACUUCCAAAUCUAUGGAUCUGUUGCUAAUAAAGCAUCCUUACUGGAGAAGAAGACUGGUUUUCUCAGGGAGCUACCUCCUCUGUUUGACCCUGUUGUGGAAAAAGUUGAACUGACUUUCAAUGCAGUAACACUAUCUUGGGAUUCUUAUCCCACAAAUGAAUCACAGUCUGGUUUUAUAAGAGGCUACCAUGUUUAUGUGUCACCUCUAAAAGAGGACUGCAGUUUGAAAGGAUCCCAAAAACAUGUUCUGCCAGAUGAUUCAGUGCUUUGUAAAUACACAAUUGAAAAUCCAGAAGAAAAGAGAUAUACCGUGAAACACCUAUCGUCAAACACAAAAUACAAACUUGGAGUUAAAGCAUAUACAGGUGGAGGAGAGACUCCCAUUGUUAACUUUAUAUACAUAGAUACACCGCUUAACUCCAACAUGCUGUACCUCCUAGUCCUGCUAGUGAUAGUUCCUGCAUUAGUAGCAGCUAUAUGCCGCUGGAAGAUGAAGUGGGUGAAGGAGUGCUGCUGUCCUGUAAUACCUAGUCCUAACAAGAGCAGAGUGCUGUCAUUCAAAGAGUUUAAGAUCGGUUCUGAGAAAGUACUGAAAAUAAGUGACUGCAUUCCUGACAUGCUAGCAGUGGACAGUAAGGCCGAAGCCCAGAAGUUACAUCCGUGGAGCCAGUUAUCUUCAAUGACAACUGACAAUAACAUUGAUGAUCACAAUUCUUCCUGCAUUUACCUUAAUGAAAAUGAAGAGAGGGACUUUACACCCACACCUACACCUCAGACUCAUACUUGGUUUGAAAAUUUUGCUUAUUCUUCUCAUCUCGCAGUUGAAUCUGAUCCCUAUCAACUACCAGAGACAAUAGAAGCAAGCAAGCCAGAACUGUCAGCCAUGCUGUACCAGCCACACUACUACUUUGACAUUUCUAAGGAAGCUGCCUCAACACCCAGAGAAACAGCUGGCAGAAAGACCAGCCUGAGAUACGUUUCGCAAACAGAUGUGCACUGCCUAGGGAGGAAGCUUUGAUGUACUCUCCUCCUUUGAGUCCAUCCAGUUUUUGGUUACACAAUAUAAAUAAGAAUCUCUAAACCCACGCCUUCUUUGGAUGAAGGCUUUCACAAGCCCAACUGCACUACUUCUGUAAUGCUGCAAAGCUCUUGCUUCAGGAUAAGUUUAAAAAUACUAUCAUCUUGUCCACAGGAAUGAUGUGUGCUAUGGUUUCAUCACAAGUUACAGCAUUAUAUCAGCUUUACAGGCAGCUUUGUGGCCUGUAUUAUGUAGAAGGUUAAAUUACAGCAGCUCAUCAUAGCCUGGUGCAGAGAACUACUAUAUUUUGCAGAGAUUAAAAAUCUAUUCAGAAAGUAGAGGAGCAAGUUAAAGAAGUGAGAGUGCUCAAAGAGUGUAUUUCACUUGUGCUUACUCCAUGCUUUGGCCACCCCGGCCAGUGGGUUGCAGCUGCAACAGAGUAUUGCUCAGCUUUGGGAUCUGCCCCAGCCCAGUAACACUGGGGGUGUGGGUUGUAUUUUGCUUCCCUCAGGUGAUGUAAGGAAUCAGCAUGGAAGGGUUACCUGCACUCAGUGCGUGGCACAUUGCUGAAAGAGUAGAGGGAACUUUGACUUCGCUAGGAGUGCUACCCUGUGCACCAAAAUACAGUGACCAUCCUGCUUUUACUUCACCUGUCUUCUAACUACACUUGGUAGGUGAAGGAGCACAGAAAACAGGUUUUUAUAGUCCAGACCCCUGCUAGUUGUCUGCUGCCUUGUUUCUGGUAACUGCCUUCUCUGUAGGAAGAAUGACCCUUUGAAAUCCUAAACAAAAUCCGUAACUGAACAAAGAGAUGUGGGGAGUUGAGUGGGAGGGAGCUGUUUUCCAGCAGGAUAGCUGUUUGCAGAGGUGUUACCAUGGCACCAUUUCUCCGCUUGUGCACAAGAACUUAACUUACUAUUAACCCCUGCACUUAUGUAGCAAUCCCAAACCAAGCAGGUGGGCCGGCACAGAGGCAUAGGUACAUGAAUCCCAUUUGUGAAGAACGUCGUAUUCAGGCUGUAGAUCAGCCGGAUCUCCCACCACGACUUUUGCAUGUAUUAAAAAUAGUAUUUUUAUUCUAACAUCAGAAUCUCUACAGUAGGCAACAGUGAAUUUGGUCUUCCAUUUUCAUUUAAAAAACCCUGUACUUUUGUAAUUAAGCAGAAGAGUCGGAAUUGAUCCGAGUGUCUUAUCAGAUUAACCUCCUUAGUACACACUAAGGUGGGUACUAAGAACUUGGUGGGUUUUGCUUAACUGUGUUGCUAUCUGGAAUCUUUCAUGAUUCAGAUAAGUUGAAUUCUUUUCUUUUAUGAGCACAGGACAAGUUGUUCUCAGAAGGGAAAACAUUAAGUGUUUCUCUACAAUGUGAUCUUCAGCUAAUUUGUUAAAAUGCAGUUACUCAUCUUCCCUAUGUUUAACUUUCCAAAAACAAAGCAGCUGCAGAGAGAAACAAGUCUUAAUACUGAACCACAUCUAGGAUUUAUAGUGUUACUUACAGAUGGUGUGUACUGUCCCUGAGCUGUGUUGCUCAGGAAAAGAGACAAGAUCUUACACAGACUUCGGGUGAGACAUGUUGCCUGCAGAGGGAAAGGUCCUCUGGCUGGCAGAGGUGCAAAGAAAGGUACAGGCAGGCCAAUGGCUAGCUGUGGUUCCUAUCUGGUCAGUGCACACUGUGCUGUGUCCACACGUGGGUCACACAUUGAUUUACUUCCUUUCAACCAUCAGGUAGCGAGGUAAGGAAACAUGGCUGAACAGCAGCUCAACAGAGAACAGGGAAGGAAGAGAGGAGUCCGAUGCCGUUCAGUGGAGACAUCCCAGAGAUUUCCUCUCUUUACAUUACUCUCCCUUGAGUCACAGUGAAUCUGAAAGUUCGGUACCACGCUAUGCUUGUGGCUUAGAACACAUACCUUUCUCCAAAGUGUUUCAUCGUAUCAUACGUACUUGUGUAGUUUAAAAGCUUUACUGCUAGGAGAAAGGACAAUAAACAGAAGUGAGCAGUUUUGGCACUACUGAAAUAAAAUGGCCUAGCUGUGCCUUUCAAGAAAAGGCCUGUUUAUUUGAAGAGGUUUGAAAGGUAUCCUAAACCAAGAGCUCACAUCUAAGGAACUCUGAUACACAAGUCAGUCCAAAAAGUCAAACUAUCCCACCAAGCCUUUAAAUUUCAACAUGCUGCAGCUCCUCACACCAGGACAGCUCUAUCAGAGCACAGAUCACUGCUUUUGAACUAUGUGAGAAGAACCACACACUGUCCAUGGCGAUUCCACCCAGGAAGCGAGCGGAGGGGGCAGUGGAACAAGCUGUGCCUUCCUGGUGGUGAGACACCACAGCCUGCUGAGACAUCCCACCUCAGCUCCCAGGGUCCUUCCCGCAGAGAUCGGCACCGAUGAAACUGCUCUGUCAGGAAGCCAGGAGACACGUUGCCAGGUACCACCCGAUGGCUGGUGAGGCCAUGAGAAACGUUUCUGCUGGCUGGCCCCAAGGGCUGACAUUUUGUGAAACCACCUGUGCUCAAAAGCACACAAACAGGAUUCCAAGGAGGACACACUGACCUUUCCAGGGGCACAGCCUGGCCUCGAGAAUGAGAAAUAAAGAUUAGAAAUGUGUUUUUGCCUGGGUGGAGAGGUAUGUAGAACUUUUAGAUUUAAGACAUCUGUCUUGUAUUAAUGGUUGAAGAAUUCAAAACUGUAAACUUGUUUUUCUCUUUUUGUUUAUAAUUCAGCUUUCACAGCUGUCCUUGAAAUGCUAAUACUUAAACCAUCACAUAAUGGAAAAUUAUUCUCAGUAUCAGUAUGCUACAUUUAAAAAAUAAAGAUGAUGUAUAAACUA